AUGGACGCCUCCUCAGCCUCAGUCAACCAUUCACCAGAAGCCGGUCAAGGCUAUGCUCUUGACCUGUAUGACGACCUUUCCGAGAUAGACGGUCUCACUCUCGAGGAAGAGCUGGCGGCCUUAUCCGACGACGCAUCAAGCGAUGGCACCGACCCAGCCAUGACAAGUGACAACCGCCAGAAAAAGUCCACCGAGACAAAACUCCCCACGACUCCAUCGUCCUUUGCUCGGCUCACUGAGGGCUUCCUCGACGACUGGACCGACAAUCUCAAGGCGCUCGCGUCGUUGCCGAGCACAGAGGCGAACAAAGUCAAUCUCAUCAGUCACGCAAACGCGUUAUCCUCGUGGGUGAGACACAAUAUCCUCCCUCGUGUCUCCGCGCUCGAAGCGGAUCGUGGACAGGUCAAAGCGGCCAAGCAGGAGCUAGAGGCAGAUUACGAGGCGCUGCUGUCCCAGGCUGAGGAGGUGCUUGGCCGGUACGAGGUGCUCUACGAAGCUUACUCGAAGGAAUACGACGUGAGUCGGGACAAGACGGAGAAGUUGCGGGAGGUUUGCCUCCUGGUGGAACAGAUAGGGGAGUUUGUACAGAUGAGCAGCGAAUCUCCGGGCGAGUAA